CAUCUCUGCUAGAGAAAUAUCACCCAACAUCUGAGGGACCUUCAUAAUGUCAUUGAGCUGUUGUAGUCUUAACCUCAAGCUCUCAACGGAAGAGUAUUAAACCUGACAACCAGCCAGAGGUGUCAAGAACACUUUACUGCUGUUAUCUAUUUCUACCGGGAUUUACAAUUAUCUUGAAGACAUUGAUCAUGGCAGAAGAAGCUCAGGCACCUGAAUACCAUGAUAAUGAAGAGCCUGAAAUAAUUCCGGUUCAAAUUACCGAUGUUAUUGAUCAGACGGACACAUCCAUCGUAUGUGAGGUCAAUCUAAGUGGAAGUCCUGAUAUUCUCAACGAGGACAAACAUAUUACCCCAGCUAUGGAUCUAAAUGACAAGAAUGAAGAAGAGCAAAAGGGAGAAAAUAGUAAUCUUAUGGAAAAAGUCCCAGAUGUCUUGGACAACCAUGAGAAAAAAUGUGAGGACUACAAGGACGGAGGAUGUCAGGUAACCGUCGACGUAGAUGGUGACACAGUUCCCCUUCCCAGUCCUGAAGCCAUCAGUAGAGAAGACAAUAAUCAAGAUGGGGAUAAAGCCGAAACGCCAGAUAUAUUGUUGUAUCAAGAAAGCUUCCAUCCAAGUGACAUGGGCACAGAAGAUGUCUUGACUGAAACAGAGGAAGAAAAUACGUCCAUAGAGACCGACACCGAAUAUGAUGACCAAGAAAAUGGACCCCAGCAGCCUCUAUCGGUUAGUCCAAGUGGCAGACAACUUGACCCUAAUGAAAUGGCUGGAAGCAGACCAGAUAUCUCCAGAAACAGCUACUCCAGAUAUGAUACUGUAUCGUACCGCAAAAUCCGGAAAGGAAACACUAAGCAGCGGAUUGAUGAGUUUGAGUCUAUGGUAAAUCUCUAAUGUCUCAUACAUUUAUACGCUCACCUCUGUUACUAAAUAGAAGCAAUAUGCCCAAUUCCUUAAAUGACUACACAGAGAUCUGCCAAAAUGUUUCUCCAAUACAUCAAAUGAAGAUGAACAGCGUUUAAAAGGGUUUCUGAGACUCGACAAAAAUUUAUCGGAGCCUGAAAAUGGUUUUCCUACACAUGUUAUUGCUGAGGCUGUUGAUUGGCCGGCAGUGGUCAUGUAAAUGUAGACAGCACAUGACACGUCCAGUCUGGCAGGGAUCGGUAGUGGUGGAGAUGGAAGCUCAGGCUCUGGCAUGGUGGUUUUUGUUUUCUUUGUACACCAUUACCAGGCCCUGGAGGAUUUUUGUCCAGCCUUGACCAACCCCUUUAAUGAGUCAACGCUUGAAAAUAGUAUAAAUAUACAGCAAAAAUUAGCAAAAGUAACCAGCUCCAUACUGACGCACAUGUUACACCAUUGUUUGGGCAUCUGUUGGAAGCUUCAGCUCUCUUAUUGACCGGUGUCACCAAAGAUGGAGCACAGACCGACCAAGUCACAGCACUGAUCUGCUCUCCCACCUGUGGCGAUGAUAUUGGAAUACCACCCUCCCACCCCCUUUUACCACUGUAUUCCCCCAUCACUAACCUAUAGUGGAUGAUGAAAUGUAGAACUGUUUGGCGGUGUUCAACCACGAUUUAUCUAGAAAACCUUUAGCUUCAUAGUUUCCUAACAUGGCCUUCCCAUUUUGAUAUCUAGCAAGGACAAAACCUAUUAACCAUGCAAUAUUUCUAACCCUGGUUUUGUGGUCUCCGAUAUGAUUUCCUGUUUGACAAAAUGAUGCAAGAAAAGCUAGUGAGGGUAUUGCGACAUGACUUUUGUAUUACAUCUUUAUGUGCAUUUGUAUAAUCUGCUUAUAUAUAUUUUUUUGUCUCA